AUGAUGAACGCACGAAAAAUGAGCCAGCCUGUCAAUAUUUUCAAGCCAAUUACAGUUGGCAAAAUGCAACUGAAGAACCGUUUGGCUCUUCCCCCUUUAACCCGCUCGCGCGCAACUGAGGACCAUGUGCCCACGCCAGUGAUGGCUGAAUACUACUCUCAGCGCUCGUCUGAGCCCGGAACCCUCAUUGUUGCCGAAGCUACCAUUAUCAAAGGUCAAGCUGGUGGCUAUCGUACUGUUCCUGGUAUUUGGACCAAGGAGCAGGUCGACGGCUGGAAGCCCGUCGUUGAUGCUAUUCACAAGAACAAAUCUUAUGUUUUUGUUCAGCUGUGGGCUUUGGGUCGUGCCGCAGUGCCCGAGUUCCUGGCUGUUGACGGAUUCGACUAUGUUGCUCCGUCGGCUGUCGCAAUCAAAGACAAGUUUUAUGCCGAUACUCACUUGACUCCUAACAAAGAACGCCCUGCUCCCCGCGCAUUGACCACCGCCGAGGUCAAAGAGUACGUGCAGUGGUACGCUCAAGCUGCUAAAAACGCUGUUGAAGCAGGUGCCGACGGCGUGGAGAUUCAUGGCGCGAACGGUUACCUUGUUGAUCAGUUCCUGCAUCCUAACACCAACACCCGCACUGAUGAGUACGGUGGAUCUAUCGAAAAUAGAGCCCGCUUCGCACUGGAGAUCAUCGACGCUAUCACCGAGGCUAUUGGUGCUGAGCGCCUCGCUAUCCGUCUGUCGCCCUGGGGUGGCUUUGGUGAUCUAGAGAUUGAUGUUAGCCCGAUCCCUCAAUGGAGUUACCUGGUUGCUGAACUCGAACGCCGGGCUCAGCAAGGUAAGCGUAUCGCGUAUAUUUCCACCAUGGAAGCUCGCUUCAUGCAGGAUGAGGCGUUGUUACCUGCCAUCGUUCCCGAAGAUGUCUAUACUUUGAAUGACUUCAUCGGCCAGAUCUGGAGCGGGCCUUGGAUGCGCAGCGGUAACGCCAUCCAUAGCCUUAAGCUGGCUGACAACGACGACCGCACACUUUUAGGUGUUGGACGACACUUCCUUGCCAAUCCGGACUUGCUGCAGCGAGUUGAGAAGAAUGCCGAGCUCAACCCUUACAACCGUGACACCUUCUACUGGAACUCCAAGGUAGAGGGCUUUGAGAAGCCUACUGGUUACACCGAUUACCCUUUCCUUAAUGGAUCUAAACUUUGA